AUGACGCAUAUUGUCGAUGAAAAUAAGCUGAUGAUCAAACCAACGUAUAGAAAUGACGUCAAAAUUGACGAAGCUUCGACAUCAACUGAUACUUUGAUUUGUUCGCAUACUGAUUCGUCAGGAGCAAUUUCUUAUGUUAUUGCAAAUUAUAAAAAGUUGACAGUUUUUGAUGGAAAUUCACCAACGCCAACCAAGAAAUUGGAAUUCACUUUGGAGUUUGAAAUCAAGAAAAUCUUCUAUCACAGUCUAGCAUCAGCUAAACAUAUUGAAAAAUCGAAGAAAGAUAAAGAAACAUCGAAAACGGAUAAUAUUUGGAAAGAUACUUCAACCAAAAAACGCGAUUAUUUGGUGGUUUGUGGUGAACAUAGAUUAUUAUUCAUUGCUAAACAAGAUUCGCACUUUUAUCAUUAUGAAAUUCCAUUCAAACUUCGAAAUGUUUUCAGUUUCAAUGGUGGUGUUUUAGUUGAACGAUUUUACGACGCAACGGUGAGUUUUUAUUCACUCACAAUCAGUUUUUUUCUCUAGAAAUGAAUAUUGAAUUCCACGACGUGAAAUUUCCACGUUGUAGAUUCACGUCAAAAUUCAAAAUUGAAAAAAAAUGUUCAUUACUGAAAACAAAUUGCAGAGUAAAUCAAUUCAUUAUCACGACACAUUCCAUCUUUAUUCAUUGUCUGGACCUUUUGGCGAACUUCUUCCAGUAAUCUACAAAACAUUUGGAAAAGCUCCAUGUUGGAAGUUUUGCUGGCAAUCUCAACAAGAUGAUUCUGAAAUGGUUGCAACCGACAGAAAUUAUGUUGUGGUUUUCGAUCAGACUGAGAAAAUUCACCGUGUAUAUAUUGCUCGAGAUACUCAAGAGAAAGAAGUGCAGGCUGCUGUGAAAUUUGUGGAAAUUCAACGAAGAUCUCAUAUGGAAUCAACAUUGUUUGCUGGUGGAUCGAUUCGAACACCGCAACAACAUUAUGAUGUUAAUAGAGGAUCUCAUCAUCAUAGUGGAAUGUCUCCAGCAAGUGAGUUUUUAAAAUUGGAAUCUGCCAACAAAUUUGAUUUUUAGUGGCUGCUUUAUCUGAAGUUAUUAAUAGUGAUAUUGAUGGACGUUCCCCUCAUAUCACUCGAAAUCGUACUGGAUUUGGACAUUCAACACCGAAUACUUAUCAACAACAUCCAUAUUCAUCACACCCACUUCCAACUCCAAACUUUGAUAACGAAUCGGAUCUUUUUUCACCAACUGGUGGAACUCCUAAAAUUGGUGGAAGAGCAAAUGGUGGAAAUAAUUUGGAACGAAAUAUUCAUACGAGAUCAAUUGUUCGAAUGUCAGAAAAUAGAGGAUCAGGUGAAAAGCGGACAAAUCAACUACAUAAAUCAAGAUUUGGACAAAGUCAUACUACACCAACAAUUCCAAAACAAAAAUGGAAAAGAACAUUGGAAAAUGCGGAAUUAUUGAGAGAGUUCACUCGAAUGAUUCGAGAUACUCCAAAACAUUCUUCGUCCAAAAAAUCAUCACUCGAUUUUGGAGAUUUAGAAAGAGAUCCGGAUCUUGAUUUACUUUUAUCCAAAGUUUGUCUUGAAUGCGUUUAUGUUGAACAAGAUCGAAAAUUGGAAUCUGCGAUUCGAGCAGAUAAAAUAUUUGUAUCGCAUUGUCUCUCACAAUUUUAUUUGAAUUUUGUGAAAUUUGAUAAAGAUGUUACGAUAUUACCAAUUUAUGAAGAUAGAAGAAGUGAGUUUGAAAACAAUUUCUGAAAAAAAAAAUCGAAAUUACAGAAAUGGGAGAAGGAAAACAAGUGAUUUCCUGUAAAGAUGCUUGUGUGAUCGAGAAAACUGGUUUGACUGUCAUUUUUGAUUUGGAAAACUCUUUGAGUUUAUAUGGUGGAUCUCGAAAAAUUUCAUUGAUUUAUAUUAGUGAUCAACCAACUGGAAAUGUUCGAUUAUCUUCAUUUGCUCCAAAUGUUUUCUCAAUUUUUGUUGGUGGAACUUUAACGAAAUUGGAAAUCCCACCAGCUUUUUCAUCUGAAGCGGUUCAUGAAAUGAUGAAGACUUGUUUCACAUUUUUACCCAGUGAUGUUUCUCAAAAUAUUCUCUGCGAAUGGAGAGCAAUUUCGGGAAAAAAUGCGGAAGUUGAACACGAAUUGGAAAUUGUUCUACAAUUUGUGAUGUCACAUUUUGGAGUCGAGUUUGAAGAAAAAGAUGAUCGAGAAGUUAGGUCGAGUACACCAGAAGCUGGCGGAAAACAUAUGAGACCACAUAGAACAUCAACUGAAAUGAUGGACAAAAUUGGAAGAUUUAUUGAUUCUUGUGAAGUUCAUGUAAAUUAUGAACAAUUAGAAGAUAGUGAUGAUGAUGAUCUAGAGACAAAGGAAUAUAUGGUUACGCUGGAUCCAAAAUCGAAAAAUAUUGAAUUUUUAAGAACUCUAUUUCUCUCAUUACAUGCUGUUUUCGAAGAAUGGACACUUCAAACAUUCAGACAAGUUCAUUUACCAAGUUUGGCAAUUCAUCUAUUUGCAUUAGCCAGGUAUAUCAAUUAUAAAGAAAAUAAGUUUUUAAAAUAGUUAUGUUUUUUUCAGAAUUAUCAAUGAACCAUAUUAUAUGGAUUAUUAUGAGGAUUUAUUCGAAACUGUUCUCGAAAAUGUUGAAUAUCGCUACAGUUCACGCCUUCCCGACACAAAUGAUACCAUUUUAGAGCCAUUUUCAAUUCUAAAAACGAUUCGUGAAAUCAGUGGUUUUCAAAGAAUCCCUACUCUUCCGGAAAUUAUCAAUUCAAAAUGCAUGAAAAUUUUGGCAAUUGUUUUUGCUGGAAGUGGAAUGUUGAAUUCGCCAUCAGACGCUGAUGAAUGGAGAGAUCGACUUGAAUUAUCAGAUCGUGCACAAAACGUUUUUGAUGGAAUUUUGCGACGAAAAUCAAGAAAUUCUGAAAAAGCAACGAGUCUCAUUCGAUUCUUCAAAUUUAAAAGAACUGACAUUGAAAAAUUGACAAUGGGACUACGAAUCCUAUUUUUAAAAUAUGAAUCGGAAGCGUUUUCUGGAGUCAAGUCAUUGGAACCAAAAGAAUGUGUUUAUGCAUCUGAAGAUGAACAAAAUGUGAUUGCACAAUUGAGAUGGAAACAUGAUAUUCGAAUGAAAAAUGUUGAAGCUAUGUUAGAUUCAUCGAAACAAGCAUUGGUCUGCACAAAUAUUUUGUGAGUUUUCAUUGAUUUAAUUUUUCCUGGGAUCUGUAAUAUUUCACAUUUUCAGAAUGUCGGAUGAAAAUGCAAAUAUGAAAGAGAUAAAUGAUCAAUUUUUAUCACAAACUUCAAUUCGAUAUUUUGCCCAAUCAUUUGGUAGAGCAUUUUUCGAGUUUCGCGGAGAAGUUCCAUCUCUUUUACAACCUUUGGAGUUUUCAAGAAUUGCUUUGAAUGGUUUUCAAUAUCCAGCCAGAGUUGCUUGUGAAUUACCAAGUAGUGAUGUAAGUUUCUGACGAGAUUUGUUGUUCUAAAUAAAUUUGAAAAAUAUUUGCAGAUAUUCCGACAUCAUUACGAAUGGGCACAAUUCUAUAAUUGUGUCGCUUCAACUCUCAAAAUUGGCUCAAAUGAUAUGGUAAAAAUCGAUCCAGAAUGGAUGUCGAUGACCAGAAAAGCCUGUAAAUCAAUUCCAUCGAGUUCCGGUCUAAUUUAUGGUCUUGGAUUAAAUGGACAUUUAGCCAAUAUCAAUAUGUAUGAUGCACAUCAACUUUUAUCGAAAAUUGAACGCUUUCAAUCAAUUGCACUUCUUUUGGGAUUGGCUGCUUCGAAAUAUAAAUCGUGUGAUAAUCAAGUUUAUAAAAUUCUUGCCACACAUUUGAAGUUUUUGAUGGGACCAACAUUGCUUGAAAUUCGUAUGGAUUGCAAUAUUCAAACUGCCGCUGUUUGUGCUUUGGGAUUAGUUUUUGCUGAUUCUGGACAUAUGAAUAUUGCAAAACAACUUGUGAAUGAAAUUGGAAAAUCACCAAAUACAGAAGAUGAACCAGUUGCUGAAAGAGUUGCAUAUAAAUUAGGAUGUGGUAUUGCAUUAGGAUUAAUUAUGCUUGGAAAAGGUAAUGGUGUUGCAUCGUGCGAAGUUCCAUUCAAACAAGCGAUUCCAUCAAUAUCAAAUCGAUUAUUAUGUAUGAUGAGAGGAGGUUUGAAAAAUCAAUGUGUAUUUUUACCACAAACUGCUACACCAACUCAAGCUGAAGGUGUUACUUGUUUGCCAUUUGGAUUAUUAACGCAAAAUGGAAAUGGUCCAACUAAUGUUUGUAAUCAGAUUCCAAAUCAUGUUCAAGAAGGUAAUUCAAUCAAUAUUCAUUUAUCAUCACAAGCUGCAACUCUUGCAUUGGGUUUGAUGUUUAUGAGAACGAACAACAAAGUUAUUGCUGAUCGAUUGGCUUUGCCUUCUUCAGUUACGGAAUUGGAGAAAAUUCGACCAGAUUUUGUAAGUUUUCUAAAAAUUUGAUUAUGAAAUGAACUGUUUUUUUUAAAGAUUUAUCUGCGAGUUCUCUGCUAUUGUAUAAUUAUGUGGGAUUCAAUUGAAAUUCACGAUGAUUGGGUGAAUAAUCGAGUUCCGGAAAUUAUUCAACGCUUCAUGCUUGCCAGUUUGAGUUAUGGAGAAGACACUGAUUCCGAUAUGACACAAGAAGAACAUGAAUAUUGGGAUGAUAUUGUCGAUCGACAUACUCUUGCACAAGUCUAUUUAUAUGCUAUUGCUGGUGCUUGUACUGCAAUUGCAUUAAAAUAUACGGGAUCGCCAGAAAAAUUCGGAUAA